AUGAACGAAUCCGAAGCUUGCGAUUCCCUCAUCACCAAAGUCAACUGGACCGACGCCUUUUCUCUUUUAGUGUUGGCAAUACUUCUUCUGAUAAAUGUCAUGGUCGUCGUUGGCAAUUGUUUGGUCAUUGCUGCCGUUUACAUAAGUUCUAAAUUAAGGACCGUAACUAAUUUAUUUAUCGUAUCACUUGCAGUGGCGGAUCUUAUGGUCGGCGUCGCUGUUUUACCAUUUAGUGCCACGUGGGAAGUUUUCAAGGUUUGGAUAUUUGGUGAUUUAUGGUGUUCGAUAUGGUUGGCUGUAGAUGUUUGGAUGUGCACGGCAUCGAUAUUAAACCUUUGUGCCAUAUCUUUAGAUCGAUACGUUGCCGUCACGCGUCCCGUCAACUAUCCAUCAAUAAUGUCAUCAUCAAGAGCUAAAAUUUUAAUUGCCGGAGUUUGGGUUCUUUCAUUCGUCAUUUGUUUUCCACCAUUGGUUCAUAAUUUUGAUACGUCGGACGACGUAUUGUUCACGACGACGACGCCGACGACGACUACUCCUCAACCAACUGCCGAAUCAUUUCAAUGUCCCUGGAUAUGCGAAUUGACGAGUGAUACCGGAUACGUCAUAUAUUCGGCACUCGGAUCAUUUUUUAUACCAAUGGGUGUCAUGCUUUUUUUUUAUUGGAAAAUUUAUAGAGCUGCCGUACAAACGACGAGAGCAAUAAAUCAGGGAUUCAGAACUACGAAAGGAAGCGGAGGUUUUGGUAAUAGAUUCGACGAACAAAGACUGACACUAAGAAUACACAGGGGUCGGGGAAGCGUUCAAAGUCACAGUAACACGUCCACGUCUAUAACAUCAUGUGGUUCUAUAUCCGGUUCGCCGAGCGUUACCAAUGGACACGAUAAAAUCACCGAAGUACCAAGACUGAAUCGUACCCGACUCACUAGAACUGGAAAAUCCCACGAAAAAAUUAAAAUAAGCGUAAGUUAUCCGAGCAGCGACCAAAUCAGCACAUCUGUGAUGAACAACAACAAUGGCCUACAUCCACCAUCAUCACCGGAAGCGACAAUACGGAAAACAAACGAAUCAUCAUUAUUGGACGAUCCAAAAGACAUAAGUUAUUCCGUACAUUACACGAAUCGUACUCGAAAAGACUCGACGACGGGUAGUACAACAAACGGACAAAAAAAACUAACCAAUCAAAAUUGUUACUUGAGAGUGACGGGUUCGAGAUUGUUGACGACAACGCAAUCAUCAAAAACGGAUAGAAGUUUAAGUAUAGAUUCAAUGACUUCCGGUUACGAUGACGAUCGAACUUGUACGGAAGAUGCAUCAAAAGACAUGUCACCAAGUCCGACAUUCGACGACGGUCAUCAUUCACAAAAGCCAAAACACGUGUCCAAAAUGGGUAAAAGAAACAUAAAAACCCAAGUCAAAAGAUUUAGAAUGGAAACAAAAGCUGCCAAAACGUUAGGGAUAAUCGUCGGCGGUUUCAUAUUAUGUUGGAUGCCCUUUUUCACCAUGUACCUAAUCCGACCUUUUUGUCCGAAAUGCAUUAAUCCCAUAAUGUUUUCCGUACUUUUCUGGUUGGGCUAUUGCAAUUCCGCCAUUAAUCCGUGCAUAUAUGCGCUUUUUUCAAAAGAUUUCCGUUUUGCAUUUAAAAAAAUAAUAUGUAGAUUUUUGUGCGGUCCCGAAAGAAAACUUUCCGUUAGUUUAAAAAGAAGAGGAAGCGAUGGAAGUCAAAUGACGACUCAUAAGGUCAUUGGAAGACAAAGAAGUCCGUCCUUUAUUCCUCCGAAUAGUAUGGGAGAAGAUAGCGAUCCGGGUGCAAGCGAUUCCAGGUGA